UUGUGAAUCGGAAGUUGAAUAAGUUUCAGGAAGAGAACCUGAUUUGUUUUGGUUUUGGUGUCUAACAGUAUUGCUAAUUUUUAACUGAAAUGAUGUGAAAAGCUUUAAAGUAUAGUGAUUUUUACUGAAAGUGGAAGAUGGCUCUUGUGACAGUUCAGCGAUCGCCAAGCCCAAGUAACAGUGCUGCAUCAGAGGAUGUUGUAUCAGAAGAUGCAGAUGAACUCGAUGUUGCAGGAAAACCUGCGUCACCCCCUCGGCAACGCAGCAAGGUGUCUCUGGUUGUUGAAACGGAAAGGACCAAGGCAGCUGCCAAAAGGCUCAAGAAAUUUUUCCAUACGGUCCGAUUCAUUUCCAAAUUGAGGCCUUUUAGCGAGAGUUACUUUACAGUUAAAGGGGCGGCUCUGAUCUUGCCACAGAGUGAACAGGAAUCGCUGUACGCCUCCAAGAGAAUAACAAAGACUUGUGACAACGAGAUCCAGAGUCACCUCCAGUCCAUGUUCUACCUUUUGCGGCCACAGGACACAAUCAAAAUCGCUGUAAGACUAGAGACAACGAAUUCCACAGGUAUCCCACGAUACAUGGCGGUCGUAUCGUGUAUCGGGCGUCAGGAUACGGAGGAGUCUGUGAUACUUGGUAUAGACUGUCAGCAAUCGGCCACCAUAGGACUGGUCUAUCCUAUCUACGCUGACACAAGCUUCAAACUGGAUGGGGAUGGUGGGUUCGUCGUGUCAUCUGAUGGCAAACUUCAUGUGUUCAAACCUGUGUCAGUACAGGCAAUGUGGUCAGCUCUACAGAGCCUGAACAAGAUCAUCAAGAUGGCUCGAGACAAUCGCUACAUUCCCACCGGAUUAUCUCACACGUGGACGGGAUAUUAUGACUCUAACAGUCUCAGAUCAACUCGAGUUCAAAUAUCCGAGUGGUACACAAAUGAAGAUGUGGAAUUUUUCAAGUCCAUGCCUGUGUUUGUAGAAACUGACGAUGAAGAGUCCCAGUUUAAGAAGAGACUGAAUGUGGAGCUGAAGAACGUCAUGAUGAGAAUGGAUCUAGAGGAAGCAACAUGCAAAGCUAUAAGAACAGAGCUACAGGCAGCUAUGAACAUGGAUUUGUCGGAACACAAGAGUUACAUUGACCAAGAAAUGAUGCGGAUUCUGGGUCAGAUGGACUCUCCAACGCUCAUCAAAGACUACCUGUACCUAGGAUCUGAAUGGAAUGCUUCCAACAUGGAUGAACUUACCAACAAUGGUGUUGGUCACAUCCUCAAUGUUAGCAGAGAGAUUGACAAUUUCUUCCCUGGCUGUUUUGAGUAUCAGAACAUCCGAGAAUGGGACUCGGAAGAAACGGACCUUAUGAAGCAUUGGGACAGAACUUUCCUUUUCAUUAGGGAAGCAAGGAAUAGAGGUUCAAAGGUUCUUGUGCACUGUAAAAUGGGGAUUAGUAGAUCAGCAUCUACAGUGAUGGCUUACCUGAUGAAGGAGUACAGAAUGACUAGACAGGAAGCCUACGAUUUUGUCAAGGAGAAGCGUAGCUGCAUCAUGCCUAACUCUGCCUUCUGGAAGCAGCUUGAAACAUAUGAGGGCAUACUACAGGCAAAGAGAAAGCUGGAACUUUUCAAGAGCAAGUCCCAGCAGGAUCUACUAGAUGCACCCACUGAUGAUGAGGUGAACUUUAACCGACACUCCAGAAACUAUGAAAUCCUGAUGGACAAAGAUAUGACACGGUGUCAGAGUUUACCUGAUCUGGAUAAUUCUGUUUUCCUUCAUGAUAUGGAUUUAAAUUCAUUCAACCUAGAACCAGGUAUGGAGGGAGAAUCCAGAAGCGCUGACUCAGCAGAGGAUUCCCUGUCCGAUCAUCCAUCUCCAAAACCAGAGGGGGAGAAGAGUCUGAUCUGUUUCAUAGGAGGGGAAGAUGAUGAUGAUGAUGAUGAUGGACAUCAGUCGGAAGGGAUGGAAGAGGUGGACUGGAACAAACCACAAUCCACCCCUCUUCCAGCAUUCAAAAUCAUCAAGCCUGACGGAAGCUGGAUCAAGGAAGAGGCUACAGAUGGUGAAGGGAAGGAGAGUGUGAAGGUGGAAGUUGUCAUGGAAGAGGAGAAGGAAGAGGAUGGGGAAAUUCAGGAAGAAGAGUCAAACGUGGAUGAGAGCAGUUUGGAAAUAAACAGUCCUUUUGUGCAUUUGAGAGAAAAUAUACCUUGGAACCCAGGCACAGUGAAAAAGACUAAGGAAAACAUUGAAGGGAAAAAGGCUGACUUUGUGGUAGGAGGGGAAAUACCCGAUCAAGUCAUUACAAUUGUUGGUGCAGAGAAUGCUGGGAUUAGAGAGGAUCUAAAACUGGAUCUGGCUGGUGUGACAAUGACUGACAGCUCUGACUAUUGCAAGGACACUUGCACUCCGACAUCAGAUAGCAGCAAGAAUUCUGGAUCCAUUUAUGAGAAGGAGGAAAUUCCCCUGGCACCAGGGACUGUUAAAAGAACUCUGAAAGAGAUAGAAGAAAAGCAUGGAGUAUUUAGAAGUAAGGAUUUGCCAUCCCUUCAGCUCAAGAGAUCAGCGAGUCUCAAAAGUCCAAGAGAAAACAUUAGACGCCGCCACAUUGACAGAGAAAGGCGCAAGACCUGCAACCCAGUCCUGAUCAGGUCCCCUCGUAGUCCUGAGGAGGAGGCGGAAUUUGAAUGGAGGCGUCACAGCACGGGGGAAACCUUCUCUUCUUCUAAGUCUGGUAGUGAAGAAACAGCGACCUCUGCAGAGACUAAGCAGGCUGUGUACAGACUGAUGGGGGAAGAGAUCAAACUGGAAGAGGGCAUUGUCAGAAGACAGAAGGAAGGCAUUGAAGGCAAGAAUCGUCAGAGUUCACCUGGUAGUGAAGCCAAAGACCCAGCCAAAGUCAACCCAACUACAGCUUGUGUGCAGGUAUCCUCUGCAAUGAAAAAUGAAGAUUUAAAUUUGUGUACUGAUAAUCUCAAAAAUGUGCCAAAUAAAAAUGACUGUGCCUUGGACACAAAUAUGAGUGCCAACAGUAAUGCUCCUGAGUCAGCUGAGGAAGAUGUGCCUAAACAAUCUGUAAACCAAAUGAAGUCAAAUUUUGAGAAGAGCCCAACUCCUGAAGAAUCGUGUAAAAAAGAAUCUAGUCCCAAAUCAGAGGAUUCCAUGGAGGUCCAAAUUCCUAAUCCCCAAUCUCCUGAUCCACUUUUGUGUUCUUUUGCAGAAAAGAAAUUGACAUUUGAGAAAAUCAGUUCUGUUUCUUCAACUCCUACUCCAAUGGAUAGUCCAGAAAUUGCAAAAAGACAAAAGAGGAAAUCUCAGAGUGAGGCUAGGUUUGAUUCUGAAACUCUUGAACUUAUACGUGAGAUUGGCUCUGCCCUUAUGAACAGUCCAGCUAAGUGUGAAAUCGAACCUGAUGCUGAUUUAGAUAGUAGUGGUAAUUUUAGUUUAGUAAGGCAUUUUGUAAGGGACAUCGAAACUCGCACUAAAAAGGAACGAAAACCUGCAAGACAGAUCAUAAUCAUUGACAAAGAAUCCCAAGAAAAAAAGAGAAGAAACUGGAGAUUCAGUGCUCCAGUCCCUGGCAGUGAGAAUGCUAAUGAAGAAAUCAAAAGACCAGUGGCCAAAUCUGUCAGUCAACCAAUCUCUGUGCUGGAAGAAGGAGACAAGGGGAUGGGUAGUAGUGAAAGAGGGGAGGGAGAAAAAUCAAGCGAGUCAAAACCUGCAGAAUCUUCAGUGUCACCUGGCACAUCUUCAAGUGACUGCUCAUUAGCUGGGGAUCAUAUAGACAGGGUAUGCAACUUGGUUGGAAAAUUUCGUCUCAUUGAAACGAAAGGAAAAUCUCCUCCAAAUGUUAAAUGUGACUCACCUGUCAAAAGUGACCCACCUUCAAAUAUUGACCUCGAGGCAGAAGCUUCUGAGUGCAAGAGUGAUGCAACAAAGGAAAAAGAAACUACGUGUACUGCUCAGACAGAGGAAGAGGAGAACUCGAACAGCGAGUCUGAAUCUUCAUCCCCCGACAACAUACAGUUAAGACUUUUGAAGGAAAACCUACGGAAGACUAAUAUCUACUCUCCCAAUAGACCUCCAUCUAUAGAGCUUCGGCGUUCCAACACAAGCCCCGGCUGUGCUUUAGAGACGGUGAGAGAAAAACUCUCAUCCCGUUUACAACAGAGGAACAGUUCAGGGGAUUUAGACCCAGAAAUGGAUGAAGGAAAGCGGAAAAUUCGCAAGCUUCAAGGGCGGAGUCACCCUCUAACCAAGCUAGAAAAUCGAAGGAGUAAUCCAUUUUAUAGUACCAUGUAAUGGAGAAAUGCUCGGUCCCUGCACACAUAAUUAGAGGUAUCUUGUAUGUGAUAAAUAAUUAUCAAAGCAAGCUGAGAUUAAGUUGGCUACGUACUGUGAUAGAAUGUUACCUUGUGUGAUUUUGUUUGUUAGUUUUUUUUUCUCUCAAUGAUCGUUUUCUUGUUAUAUGUUUAAGCAUUAGAGUGGUGUCGUAUGAAGAUGAAAAAAAAGUUUGUUAAUUUUGUUGUAAAUAAUUUAAUGUAUAUAUCUGCACUUACAUACAGUUGGUGCAACGAAAGAGUAACAAGUGCAAUAAUUAACUACUACAUCUUCUCUGCCAUGACUUGUUUCCCUUUGUUUUAUCUGGUGUCAAAACAAAAUGAAGUAAAUACCGAAACUCACUGUAAAGCACAUGGUCAAGUAUCAAUUUCUUUAAAAUGUAGGGUAAAAUGUAAAAGAAAAAUGCAGAAUUUGUUUUUGUGAUACAUUAAUUCAUAUCUGUAGAGAGGUUUCCACAGAAAAUCAGCUAGAAGUUCUCUUUAAUUAAUCAAAUCCAAUUCUUUCUCUGUAAAGUUAAUGAUGAAUGUUCAAGGCCAGAAUUAAGUAAGAUUAUGUUUAGCUAAGCUAAUUUUUUUGUUUUCAUAUACUGAAUUAAGCUCAUAUUACCGUAAGUAAAAAGCUUAUCAACAUGAUAGAAUGACAGUGGUUUAUUUUUACAUGUUGAGGUGUAUUGUAUUCCAUUAUUUUGUGUUUAAAUGUUGAGCUGAAUAUCUCAAAUCUGACAUUAUUUUUUUUACUUUUAUUAAUUGUAGCCAUUUGCUACCAUCAAUAUUUAUCAUUCCACCGCUGUAUGGUGCUAAAUCUUUUAAACUUUAUGACAUGAUGUAACAUGGACUUUGAAAAUUAUAAUUUGGUCACAUUUGGUUUCUGAUAGAGAAAGCAAUGUUAUAAAGUUUAUUGUGAAGCCAGAAAGGCAGAAGAUUUGAUCAAAUGUACAUGUACCAACAAAAUUCAUAUCCCUGUAAACUUUUUGACUGCGCUAUUUAUUACUUAUAUUUAUGGUUAAAAAAGUAAAAUUAUUCAAGUUUAUUAAAAUGCAACUACCAAACUAUAAGCUGUUAACAAGUUAACAAAGAAAUGAACGGUCUUGCUCCAGUGUAGGUUCAUAUAUCAAGGAAAUAUUAUAUUUGCAGAUGUAUAUUUUGUCAUUUAUCCAGUCAUAUUUUCUCUAAGUACCGGGGGUUCAUUUACAUUAUCAUAAUUUUAUCCUCUGAAAUUCUUUGUUUUCCCCAACUAGUUAUUACAUGUAGUCUGAACAAAUUUUGGUUGUCAUGGUGUGUUUAUAAGAUCUGUUUUUCUGCCUUGAACUUGGACUUUAAAUUGCAUAUAUACAUCGAAAGAUGCAUACUGUAAAAUACAAAUAUUUCAUCAUAUCAAAAAUAUGGAAUUUUGAAGAAAAGAAUGUAUGUCACCUUUAAGAAAUGAUGAAAAAUGCAUGUUUUGUAAUAAUUUAUAUUAAUAGUACAUUUAUCUGAUGCAUAAUUCAUUUUAAUUGAGAUUAUCCCUAUCUGAGGUUAAUCUGCUACAGUUACUUUAUUUACAUUUCUUACCAAAUCUGAUAACCUCUGCACAAAAGUAAAGCUUUUAUAAAUGUAACUACCUCCUAUACAUUUAUAUUUGUUGGGUAAAGAUUAAUUGCUUUGUAUACAGAAUACUGGUUUAUGAAUUGAGUAUUACCUAUAGUGCUUUGUUUAUAUAGUGCUGAUCAGGGAAGUUAUAUUUUUGGGAUGAUAGUUGAUAUCAAGCCAAACAUAUCCUGUUGGUUGAUCAUAAAUGAGAUUCCCUAACUGUUCAAUAACUCAGACAUUAUCUUGUCUGUCUUCUUGGUCUGUCUCCAUCUUCUUUAAACUUUUUUUUUUGAUAUGCAUUUUUAAAAAAAAAUAUGUUCUUUCAACCCCCUGCCCAUUCAAUUUUUUGUGUGUGUGCAAAAUUAGUAGGGGUAUAAAAAGAAAAUUUAAAGAAAGUUUUAUAACUGAAGAAUUCAAAAUUUAUCUUUUGAAUCUACUUAUGCAAGAUUAUCAUAAUAUUUUGAACCAGAAAAAUACACCACCACCCCUAUACAAGUUUUCUGCUAGCACCAUAUCCUUAAUAAGCUGACAUACAUUCCCUGUCCCUUUUCCUUGUGUGUUUCCCGGUUUGUUUUGGAUUUUUUGUUUUGACGCUAGCUCAUUAAAGAUUAGGGACUCAAUAGAGGAGUGGAUCAAAGAAAACUGAGGGGGUGUAGAUCACUCCGUAUUAUCAUUGCUAUUUUUGUAAGUCUACUAUAUUAAACUGUCAUCUGGUGCUUUUUAAUGUGCAAUUACAUGUUAAAAUUGCCUAUAAUGAUGUGUAUUUAACCAUUGUUAAUUUUCCAUAAUAAAUUAAAAAUAUUGCU